AUGCUUCUUCUCCCCGCAUUUACACUUGUACUUGCCGGCUUUUCUUCCGCCGUGCGCAUUGAUCUGACUCGGGAUGAUAAGGCUGAACCUUCCCUCGAGGCGGAAAUGGAUUACAUUCAUCACAAGUACUACGCUAUGUCAAAGAUUCAUCAUAACAGGACUGGUGAGCACUUAAACGUCCUCAACAUGGAUCUUUUUAGCAAGCAAAAGCGUGCUCAUGGUAAGACUCAUCUUCGCAAACCCAAGGCUUGGUCCGGCCAUAUAGAAGUUGGCUUUCCACCCCAGAAGACGACGGCUAUGUUCGACACGGGCUCGGCAGACUUGGUGAUGGACAAAUCCGACUACAACCCGAAGAAGUCCCUUACGUCCAAGAAUCUGCAUAAGACCUUUGACUUCGACUACUACGACCAUCAUGUCGAAGGCGAUCUCUACUCGGACAGGGUCGCCAUUGGUGGUGUCAAAGCUUGGAAUGUGGCUGUUGGACAUGGUAAAGAUGACUAUAAUACGGACGUAAAUGGUGCUACGUUUGGCCUGUCUUUCAGUACUACCACGAGGAGCUUCUUUGACGUGAAGGAAGACCCUUUCAUCUGGGCCGCAAAGAAGCAGCACCUUAUUCAAUCUAGCACUUUUCAAUUUACACUUCGUCCCAAUGGUAAGGCCAGUCUCAACGUCGGUAAUGUCGACUUUUCUGACCUGAGGAGUCGUAUUCACUGGUCCAACAAGAAUACGGACAAGACGUUCUGGAGAGCCGACGUCAAACUGAAUGGACACCCUAUCAAGAACGGCAUUCUCGACACCGGCACGACUAUUAUAGUAGGUCCGAACGAAGAAGUCAGAAGAAUGUUGGACAAGCUGGAUGGUAUCAAGGUUGAGCAGAGUGAUGAUGGUCUUUACCACGGCACCUAUGACUGCAAGAACCCUCCUAGAAUGGAAUUUGAAGUCUUUGGAAAGAAAUUGGUCUUCCCUUUCGCAGCUAUGCAAAAUGGAUAUGACGGUGACACAUGCACAUUCGCCAUGGUGGGUUCGAAUGUCAUCAAUGACUGGAUUUUGGGCACGCCCUUCUUUGAGAUUGGCUCGUUCAUCUUGAACUACGACCUCCGCCGCAUGGGUGUGGCACAGUUCACUUAG